AUGUCAUUAUCCCCAAGCAAACGAACGCUAUCUCGUCAACCAUCUUCUCCAUCUCUCGCGGUGGGGAUACCCCCAGCACUACCUGAGUCCAACAUCAUGCAGCCUUCCUCGCCGUCCAAAAUGUCAAAGAGCAAAUCUCGCAAACGGAUACACCGCGGUGAUGUGUCUUCGUCUGCCGCAUCAUCCGAGGACGAGAGUGCCACGCCCAAGAGGAAGAUCUUAAACCCUAUCGAUGCUCCUCUCCCUCCAUCAACAGGGAUAAGAUCAAAACAGAAAAUGACGCUGCAAGAGAGACUUGCAGCAGCUGCAUCUGCCAAAGCGGAAAGCUCUGGCGCAAAGGGGAGAGCCAGGAGUAUAACGGACAUAAGUUGCUCCGUUAGCGAACCAGCAACCCUCGGGGAGAAUCUGACCUCGAUUGUACAUACCCGCUCGGAGAUACUACCUUCUCGGCACGGAGGAUCCGCUAGUGACAAGGUAGUAGUCUGUGUCAGAAUCAAACCUACCCAUAGUCCAUUCGCAAACGUCGCAUAUGCCAUGUCAUCUACAUCUCUCACACUGUCAGAUGAACACCCUAAAGUGAAACAAAGAGGUGGAAAGGCGGGCAGGGAAGAUGACAAGCUUCUUCGAUUCCCUUCCACGACUCCAGAACUAUAUGAGGAGAAAGUAGCACCGUUGGUGGACAAAGCGAUGAACGGGUUCAACAGUACCAUCUUUGCUUACGGUCAAACAGGGAGUGGUAAAUCCUUCACUAUGGACACCGAACGCGCCUUUCUCCUCCGAGUCUCCUACAUCGAAAUUUACAACGAAACACUGCGUGACCUCUUGAAUUUCAAAAAAGGUCCUCUCAAGGAUGACGAAAAGCCUGCCAUUCAUCUAUCAAAGGGUAAAGUAUAUGUCGACCCGUUGAUGGAGGAGAUUGUAUCCACACCUCAGGAUGUCAUUGACCUCCUGGAUAAGGGAAACGCACAACGAAGAAUAGGUGCGACUGAUUGGAACGAAAGAUCCUCACGGUCCCACUGUGUUUUCACUAUCGUCAUCGAGUCUAGGCCACGAGACGGUGAUGGAGAUGAAGACAUUAGGUUAUCCCGACUGGACUUGGCCGGUUCUGAGAAAGCGGUUUCUGAUUCUGAAAGGCGAGGCGAGGGAAAGCAUAUCAACCAAAGCCUUGCGAGAGGUCAUCAACAAAUUGACAGAAAGAACCAAAGCAACACAUAUACCUUAUCGAAACUCGAAACUGACUCAUCUGCUCGAGAAUGCUCUGGGCGGAGACUCCAAUAUCUGCGUUAUCUGCACGUGAAAGAGGAACACUGCGCAGAGACCCUCGAAACGUUGAAAUUCGCUGGACGAUGUUCGCAGGUCAAGACCAAUGCAAAGAAGAACAUUUUACAAUCGUCCGAGAGAGCUUUGAUCAAGGCCAAGGAUGAAGAAAUCGAGGGUCUCAAACAGCGGCUCGCGGGGCUGACCAAUGGAAUUCCCCCAGCCAUUGACCCCAUAUCUGACCUCGUCGAGUCCGUCGCGGCCAUGGAAGCGCGAAAAUCAAGACUGAUCACUCAAUUGGCGAAACUCAACGGGGAAAUCCUCACAUCUGAACUACCUCGAUCUGGUUCGAUACUUCCAUUGUCCCCCCCAAAACCAAAAAGACGACGCAUCAGUGACUUCUCUGCCCUUAUGGCUGCUGGCUCCAGUAGAAUGGGGCUUGGACUGGGUACACCCAAGAAGACAAUAGACCGGAGAGCUAUCAGUGGCAUGGCCAGAGUCACAGAGGAAGGCGAGGAAAUGGCCGGUAUCAUGGGGACUUUGGAAAAAGCUGCUGGCGGCAUGGUAGCAAAGAGCUUUGAUCAAGAUCGAGCACUGGCGGCUGCGAGACGUAACCUGGCCGCUAAAGAAGAAGAGUUGGCACUGGCAAAUCGGAACCUUGCUUCAGCACUUGCUCGUGCAUCCCAGCUAUCCGAACGUGACGCCAAAAUCACCUCACUCGAAGUCGAGCUCAGACAAACAUUGAGAGCUUUAUCUGACACCCAGCAAUCGUUACAACGCACCGAAGCAGAGCUGCAGGACAAGAUAUCUCAAUCUGAAGGCAAUCGAACAGAAUUGGUAUCAACUAUAGAGGACAAAACCAAGCGCAUUGACGAGCUGGAAAGCAAGAUUUUCGAUUUGCGAAACAGCAGGGAAGAGUUAGUCAUCGAAGACCAAAUCCGGCUUGAUAAAGUACAUGGCGAUAUGGUGAGAGAAAAACAAGAGCUUCAGUCAGAAAUUGAUAGAUUGAAGAAACAAGCGGAUGCAUCUCAGCUAGAAAAGGAAGAGUCGGUUCGAAGAUUGGAGUCAGAAAUUGCCUCUGGGACCAACGAACACGCUUCCGCGCGUGCUGCUCUCGAAGCUAAAGCGGAAGAAUAUAAAAUAUCGCUUUCCACCGUCAACGCUCAGCUGAACGAUCUUGUCACCUUUCACAGCACACAAAUCUCAAAUAUCCAGACUGAAAAAGGGUUGGCGGAGCGUCAGCGAGAUGAAGCUCGAGCUGAUCUCGAUCGUUUCCAGCAAGAGGCAAUGUCACAAGAGUCAAAUGUAUUAGCAGGAUUAAGGGAGGAGAUUGGAAAUCUCAGAAGAGCACGGGAUGAGGAUAAAGUCGCGUGGGAGAAACAGCGUUUGGAAUUGGAAGGCUCAAUAUCGGAGGAGAAGAAAUUAUCCGGCGGACUGGUUCAACAGCUAGUUCAGUCGAAGUCCAACAUCUCUCAAGCUGAAGAAAGGGAAAGCAGAUUGAAAGAGGAAUUGGCCGAAGCACUGAAAACCAUGAGCGCGGCCGCCGGAACUUUGAGAGAACAGCUGCAAUCGAGCGAGAACGACAGACUUCAUUUGACCACAAAGCUGGAAUCUGCGCUAAAGACCAUAGAUCUCACUACCAAAGCCAAUAGUCAACUCGAGGAUCGCCUUCGAACUGAGAUGGAAGCAACGGUCAGCAGUCGACUGGCUGAAGCUGGCGGAGCAGCCAAGCAACUUCAAGCCGAAACAGCAGCCCGAACAAGCGCCGAAACUCGACUUGCUGAACUCGUUCUCGACAAUCAAGAUAAGAGUUCCACCAUCUCUCGAUUGUCCGUACAGCUCACAUCAUCUAAAGUACUCGAAGAAAAGCUCUUAGCAGCUCAAAACGAUCUCGAGGUGCAAGAAAAGCGAUUAGAAUCGGAAACUGUUGCUCGACAGGAUGCUGAAAGGAGGAUUACCAAACUGGCACAGCUCGCGGCUCAGGGUGAGACAGAAAAAGAGAAAUUGCUCAAAAAGGAGCAAGGAGCUAGGAUUGAAGCUGAGAAGAGAGUUGAACAGCUGGCUGGCCAGCGGGUUGCGGCUUUGGAGGGAAUCAAAGAGAUGAGAACGAAGCUUGAUAGCGAAGUGGCCGCACGGAAAGAAGCAGAACAGGUUUACGAAGAAAAGGUUGAGACCGCCAACCGUCAAUUGCGCAAGGCCACAGGGCAAGUCGCAUCCCUUUCGGUCUGCGUCAAGGAAAAAGACGAUUUGGUCAGAGCUGCCGCCUUGGCUCGGGAAGAAGUGGAACAUCAACUGAAGCACUUCACGAAGGUCCAUCUUACCUUAUCCUCUGCUUUGGAGGAGAAGAACGACGAGCUGGAAGCUUUACGUAUUGCCCAAGACUCAGCUCAUCAACAGUUCGCUUCGCUAUCAUCACAAACGAAAAAUCAUACCAACCUCGAAGAUCAGCUUCACGACGAGAUCGCCGCCCGAAAAGCUGCUGAAUUACACCUCGCGCAAGUUUCCCAAGAGCUGGUCACGAAACACGAGUCUGCACAACAAAUUCUCGAGGAAGAACUCUUCUCCCUUCGUCAGCUGUUAGUCACGGCUCAAAAGGAAGCAAGCGAUAUGCGUGCAGAGACGAACUCUCAUCGAGAAAACGCAGAUCGACUCUCAUCAGACUUGGCCAAUAUGAAAUCACGAGACGUCACCAUCACUUCGAUCUCGUCCCGAGUGCGUCACUCUGCUCCUGAUAUGUCGAACGAACCCAGGCGAAGUGCAUCAGGUAAUCACGUAAGUUUACUGAACGAAAGAGGCGAAAUCGAAAGGCUGGAAAAGAUCAUCGAGGUGCAGAAAGAAAUCAUAGACGAGCAGAGGGAGAGAAUAGAGCGAUGGGCAAAGGAAAUGGAAAAACAACGAGAGUUUGUUCGUCUACUCACCAAUGACAACUCCAAUGCUGCCUCUGCCCAAAUCCCCCUCCGAGCUAAUUCUCCCCGUGGUCAUGGGAAAUCUCAUUCAAUCUCACACUCCCCGAUACCUUCCAAUCUUCCAGGGACCAAAGGUCUUGUGUCGACUUUUACCGCCAGAAACCUUGCCUUGCCAACAAGUCCGAGUCCCCUUCCGAUGCACCCUACUCAAUUCAACAACAUCUCGUCGAAGAGGAGUCGAAGGGUGACAAUUGAGCAUGACAUUGAUCGAUUGACUGAAACAAGCAGCGUGAACAAAGCGAAAGCAAUAUUCGAAUCACCCGAUAAGCAAGCUGUACCUUCUACACCGCCAAAAAUUCCCCUUCGAGCGACGCAUUCGGUCAGGUCAGCCCCCAGGCGGCGUCGUCCUUGA